CCGGAUGGUGUUCGUGUAGAGGAAGUUUUGUUUUCCGAGUUUUCCGUCCGUGUCGACUGACUGGCUGCUAAGUUAAUGCUCUCAAAAGAACACGAAAUGAUAUAUUAUUAUUAAUUGCAUUACCGGCAACCGCUCGACUGUUCACGGAGAGAAUAAAAGCCCGAGCUGUUUGAAGCGGCGCGGCGCUACACUUCAGAGUAAUCCGAGAGCACCUUCCUGCUAAGCUAACAUUACCUAGCUAGUUAGCGCGGCUAGCGGUAGGCUCUGGUUUGCGUUGUGUUGAAGGGGCUCUCCGAGCUAACGAAGCCAUGGGGAACCGGGGUAUGGAGGACCUGAUUCCCCUGAUCAACAAGCUUCAAGACGCGUUCAGCUCCAUUGGCCAGAGUUGUAAUUUAGACCUUCCUCAGAUCGCUGUGGUCGGUGGACAGAGUGCUGGAAAAAGCUCAGUCUUGGAGAAUUUUGUUGGCAGGGACUUUCUUCCUCGCGGAUCAGGCAUUGUUACCCGUAGACCUCUCAUUUUGCAGCUGGUCAACAAUAAAGCAGAAUAUGCUGAAUUCCUGCACUGCAAAGGGAAGAAGUUUGUGGACUUUGAGGAGGUGCGGGCGGAAAUUGAGUCGGAGACCGACAGGAUAACAGGCUCCAACAAAGGCAUCUCUCCCAUCCCAAUUAACCUGAGGGUCUACUCCCCACACGUGCUGAACCUGACCCUGAUCGACCUACCGGGAAUGACUAAGGUUGCCGUCGGAGAUCAGCCCGUAGACAUCGAGCACCAGAUCAGGGACAUGUUGUUGCAGUUCAUCACCAAGGAGAGCUGUCUGAUCCUGGCCGUCACCCCUGCCAACACUGACCUGGCCAACUCGGAUGCUCUGAAGAUCGCCAAGGAGGUGGACCCACAGGGUCUGCGUACCAUUGGUGUUAUAACAAAACUGGACCUGAUGGAUGAAGGGACAGAUGCAAAGGACAUCCUAGAAAAUAAACUCCUGCCACUGCGUAGAGGCUACAUCGGUGUAGUGAACCGCAGUCAGAAGGACAUAGAUGGGAAGAAAGACAUUCGUGCUGCUCUGGCUGCAGAGAGGAAGUUCUUCCUGUCCCACCCUGCCUACAGACAUAUAGCAGAGCGUAUGGGCACACCACAUCUACAAAAGACACUCAACCAGCAAUUGACCAACCACAUCAGGGAUACUCUGCCUGGUCUGCGCAGUAAGCUGCAGAGUCAGCUCCUCUCUCUGGAGAAGGAGGUGGAGGAGUACAAGAACUUCCGUCCAGAUGAUCCAACACGCAAGACCAAGGCCUUGUUGCAGAUGGUGCAGCAGUUUGGUGUGGACUUUGAAAAGUGCAUUGAAGGCUCCGGGGACCAGGUGGACACCAAUGAGCUAUCGGGUGGUGCAAAGAUCAACCGCAUCUUCCAUGAACGCUUCCCCUUUGAGCUGGUCAAGAUUGUUUUUGACGAGAAAGAGCUAAGGCGAGAAAUCAGUCACGCAAUCAAGAACGUCCAUGGUGUCAGAACGGGGCUGUUCACUCCAGACCUGGCGUUUGAGGCCAUCGUGAAAAAGCAGAUCGUUAAGCUGAAAACGCCCUGUCUCAAAUGUAUCGAUCUGGUCAUUCAGGAGCUCAUCAACACAGUCAGGCAGUGCACCAACAAGCUAAACUCCUACCCCAGGCUGAGAGAGGAGACGGAGAGGAUUGUAACCACCCACGUCCGAGAAAGAGAAGGGAAGACUAAGGACCAGGUUCUGCUGCUGAUUGACAUUGAGCUGUCCUACAUCAACACCAAUCAUGAGGACUUCAUAGGCUUUGCUAAUCUUGACUACAGAAGGCUGGAUGAUGGUAGCACCCCAGGGUACGGCAACAACAGUGCCCAGCAGAGGAACACAGCUGCGAACAAGAAGAGGGCCAUACCCAACCAGCUUGGCGGACUGGGAGAGGGCCUCGAGGAGAAGGUGAUCAGGAAAGGCUGGCUAACCAUCAACAUCAGCAUCAUGAAGGGAGGCUCUAAGGAGUACUGGUUUGUCCUGACUGCGGAGUCCCUGUCCUGGUACAAAGAUGAGGAGGAGAAAGAAAAGAAGUAUAUGCUGCCGCUGGAUAACCUGAAGAUCAGAGAUGUGGAGAAAGGCUUUAUGUCCACAAAGCACAUCUUUGCAAUCUUCAACACUGAACAGAGGAAUGUGUACAAGGAUCUUCGCCAGAUAGAGCUGGCCUGUGAUUCUCAGGAAGAUGUGGACAGCUGGAAAGCGUCCUUCCUCAGGGCAGGAGUUUAUCCGGAGAAGGACCAGACGGAGAAUGAAGAGGCUGCCCCGGCAGACACAUUCUCUAUGGACCCUCAGUUGGAGCGACAGGUGGAAACCAUCCGCAACCUGGUGGAUUCGUACAUCGGCAUCAUCAACAAAUCCACCAGAGACCUCGUGCCCAAGACCAUCAUGCAUCUCAUGAUCAACAGUGCAAAGGAUUUCAUCCACUCAGAGCUGCUGGCCUACCUCUACUCGUCUGGGGACCAGAACAGCCUCAUGGAGGAAUCGGCUGACCAGGCUCAGCGCAGAGACGAAAUGUUGCGCAUGUAUCACGCACUCAAGGAGGCACUGCACAUUAUUGGCGACAUCAGCACCAGCACCAUCUCCACCCCAGUACCCCCACCCGUAAAUGACACCUGGAUCCAAGAAGCAAGCCCGACCCCUCAGCGCAGGCCGCCUCCUGCAGCAGCCCAGGCCCCCAGCCGCCCGCCUGCUGUUCGGGGCCCAACACCAGGACCACCCAUGAACCCUUCCCCUGCUUUUGGAGCCCCGCUCAACCCCUCACCCGCCUUCGGGGCACCACCAAUCCCGUCUCGCCCAGGCCCACCCAUCAACGCUUUCAACAGCCACCAGGAUCCCUUCAGCGCACCUCCACAGAUCCCCUCCCGGCCAGCCCGCGUCCCACCCGGUGUUCCCAGCCGAAGACCCCCUGGCGCUCCUACUCACCGACCCACCAUUAUCCGCCCUGCUGAGCCCUCCCUGCUAGACUAGACCCGUGGCCAAGCCCACCUUAAGUGUGUGUGUUUGUGUGUGGGUGUGUGUAUCUGCACACUAAAAGGCCAGGUGCGGGGGCUCGAGGGGAGGGGCUGACUGAUAGCCGUGCAUAAUGUGCAUUGUCCAGCCGUAUUAAUAUGUCUUUUCAAGCAAUGUAAUAAGCUGCUAAUACCAUCUUUAUCAGUGCACAUGAACAACACAAGGCCCGUAACCACUUGAAUAUUACAUUUGACUGCUGUGGAAAUUGUGUAAUACAAAAUGAAAACCCAGCUGAUCUGGGUGAUGCAUUUAGCUUCUAUCAGUAGGAGAUGAUGUAUCAUUUUUUUUUUUAUUAUAAUAACUGGUGUAUUUCCUCUGACAAGGUUCCCAGCAUAACUUAUUAACUAUUACAGGCUGGCUUUCCUCUCCCCUCCCGCCACCUUUUUAGAUUGGCCGAGACGCUCAAGUCUAGAUCUCUGUGUAAUAUACACACUUAACCUGUUGUUAAUGUUUUACUGGGUUUUCAUUUCCUAACUGAUUUCAUACUGAACAAUAGCUUAUUAUCAGUGUUGUUAUUUUGGUGGUGCCGAUUACUUUUUUUUUUCCCUCCCCCUUGUGUUAUUUUAUUUGAACGACUUUGUCCUUUUUAAUGAUCGUCAUAAAUGUAGCUUUAAAAAGUAAAAUCCUAAUCUCAGAUAAAAGCAAAGCCUGAAAAGACACAGGGCGGAGUUGCAUAAGACCUCAGAGAGUAGCUUCAGCCCCCGAUGUGUGAAGCAUCCUUCCAAAAUGAAAAGAUGUCAGAUACAUUGACCAUUAUGAUCCAAGCACUUCUAGCCAUGUAGCCUUACAGCACGCCACUCAUAACAGGGAUGUUGUAGUCCGUUAGCAGAACACUAUGCACAAAAAAAAAACCCCGGGAGAGGGAGGGAAACAGGCUGAAGGCUGUCUGCACUUUGUCGGAUGCUUUUCUCUCCAGUAAGUUUUUACAGCCUUGAAUUAUAAUCCCCUUCAGUCUCGGAUGAACCCAGAUGACACCUUCAGCCUUCAGGUAGACUUUGUUCAUUCCUGGAUUAACUGAUUCAUACAGAGCAGAGCACACAGCACAGUUUCCUCUCAGAGAGGAUAAAACGCGGGGUGUACAGACGAGGACGUGAUUCAGAGUAUAAAGAUGGUAUUAAGCAUUUAGGAGUUGGCACAUCUCUUUCUGGCCUUAGUCGUCAAGGACAUUUAUUAUCGCUAUAAGUUCUGCUUCAAUGCAUUUAAUAUAUUGUAUAUAGCUGGCCUAUACUGGGGAGUUAGCACUUGUAUUUCAUUUAAUCACAGGGUGGACAACAAAAACACGCUAUUAAUUCUAAUUGAAGCCCAACACGUUAAAAUGCGACUGUAGUGGUCAUGUUAAAGGAAGCACUAACACUGUCACUUCAUACGUUGGCCUUGGUUGUGGGGAAAAAGAGAUUGGUCAUCUCCUGAUGCAUUAUUUAUAACCUGGGCAUUUGUCAUUUCUUUUUGAUGUUUUUGGUUGCAAUUGUAUCAGCUCUGUACAACUCCCCAGCUUCUCCUGGACUUUUGCUACAGGGAUUAGCUGUCUAGAUGUGUGGGAAAGGCACCCGGGGCUGGACACCAUCUACACAGCUGUGGUUAUUUGAUAAUAAUGAUACCUUUUGAUUGCUCUGUGAGGGUAUUUGACCAUUUUCUUUUUGUUAAAACAUCUUGGGAGUUUGGGGGAAACUGGUCAAGCGGGGAGUGACGUUGGGCUACUAGGAUGUUUUCUGUUUUAGGUUUGAUCAGUAGUUGUGGUGAGCAGGUGGUGGGAUUUGUGGUGUAUGAAGGCACACUCUGUCUAGACUUUUCUCUGUUCUCGCCACAGAGGAUAGAAACUUAAUUAGCCAACCCGACAAGACAAAGAAACGGUAGAGAAUUCAAAACCGUCUCAAACCACAGACUCUUGAGACAGAGUAUGCCUUCUUCUUCCCUUGUAUUCCUCUCCAGGUCUGGCUCUCAGUGACAGUGCCAGCAGGAUUGAAAUAAGUUUAUGAAACCGCUCAGACGCUUUUGAUUGAAGACCCUUCACGUUUCACAAACCCCGGUACACAAAAGUUAGCUCAUGUGAUAAAACUUUUUAUUGGCCAAAGUUUGCUGAAAUCCCGUUGUGCCUGUCACUUCAGCCUGCCCUUGGGAAGCCCAGACUGUAAUGCCCUGUAAUACAUUAGGCUGUGGCGAUACUGCCUUCCUUCCUAAUAGAUGUCCCCUGCCUCCUUCCUCUUUCCUUCCCCUGUCUGGAUCUGGUGGAAGGGGUUGGAAACCAACCUGCAAAAAUCUCUUUUCUUUUUGUUUUGCAAACCCUUGUCAAGUGCCUCUGUAGCAAUUAAUUGAUUUGAAUAAACAUCAUGAACUGAUUUAGGAUGGAGAGUAAAUAAAGAGGUGUUGUGUACAAUAAAGGGACUGGCUCUGGUG